GUAUUUAUGAAUGCUCUUUGGCUGAGAGAAAAUCCCAAAACCAAACAGUCUCCGUUCUUUUACUCUUUUGCAGAGAAACAAAAGCAUGGAGGAAGCACUACUUACAAGGUCUUCAAGAUCACUGAAUCAGAAAAGUAGUGAGUCCAUAGGUUUUGAAAGACAUGGCAGCUCUUUCCAAGCAAUCGUGGAUGAACUGCAGUCCCCAUUCUCCACCAUCACCUUUCCACUUGUGUUCAGCACCCUUAUCGCCAUCUGUGGUUCCUAUGUCUUUGGACAUGCUGUUGGAUAUUCAUCACCAGCUCAAUCUGGAAUCAUGAAAGACCUGGGGCUCACUUCUUCAGAGUAUUCGCUUUUCAGUUCCAUAUUGACAGUUGGAGGAAUGUUAGGAGCAGUGUUGAGUGGAAAGAUUGCAGAUCUCAUUGGCCGGAGGGCUGCAAUGGGCGUUGCAGAAGUCUUCUCCAUGGCUGGUUGGCUUGCAAUACUACUCUCGGAGGCUGCUUGGACACUAUACCUCGGAAGAUUUCUGUUGGGAUGUGGAAUUGGGCUUAUGUCUUAUGCGGUACCUAUAUAUAUUGCUGAAAUCACGCCAAAGAGAGUAAGAGGUGGAUUUACUGCACUUAAUCCGCUGAUGAUGGGUUUUGGACAAUCCCUAGCAUUUCUCUAUGGUUCUCUUCUUAAUUGGCGCAUCUUAGCCUUAAUAGGAAUCAUUCCAGGCAUAAUACAACUACCAGGAUUAUUUUUCAUCCCAGAAUCCCCUAGAUGGCUGGCAAAACUUGGUCGUCUAAAAGACUUUGAAGCAUCUCUACAGCGCCUUAGGGGACCAAAUGCAGACAUUACUCAGGAAGCUGCUGAAAUCAAAGAUUACACUUUAUUCCUUCAAUAUAUUCAACAAGAAGAUGGAUUUCUCAACCUUUUCCGGAGGAGAUAUGCCCGUGUACUAAUUGUUGGAGUUGGACUGAUGUUAUUCCAAAGAUUUGGAGGAACUUAUGCUUUUCUUUUCUAUGCCAGCACCAUUUUUGAGGCUGGAGGUUUUUCAAGUACAAUUGGGACUAUAGCGGCAGCCAUUGUCCAGCUUAUUGGAACAACAAUAGGGGCUCUGGUGAUAGAUAAGUAUGGAAGACGGCCAAUGCUACUGAUAUCUUCAGUUGGAGCAUGCCUUGGUUGUAUCCUUACAGGAUUGGCAUUCCUCUUUCAGGACUUCAAUUUCAGUAAGGUUCUAUCCGCUGGUCUGGUGUUUGUUGGUGUAUUGUUGUACUUGGGUUUUCUACAAGUUGGCCUGGGAGGAAUACCAUGGAUUAUAAUGUCAGAGAUAUUCCCAAUAAACAUAAAGGGUGCUGCAGGGAGCCUGGUGAUUCUGAUCAGCUGGAUUGGUUCUUUGAUUAUUGCCUACACAUUCACAUUUUUAUUUGAUUGGAGCUCAGCAGGUAAGGCAGCUUCCAUCGGAACGUUCUUCAUUUACGGAGGCAUCUGUGCUGCUGGGAUUUUGUUCAUUGCAACACUGGUACCGGAGACCAGGGGGCGGGCCCUGGAAGAAAUACAGGAUUCCUUGGUGCGCAGCAUGCAAUGUAACGUGCAGUAAGGGAUUCAUUUUUGUUUGUGGAGACCAAUUAUUGCGAUUGAUUUGAUUUCAAGAAAAAAUUUUCAUUUUGAAGCUAAAUUUAUAAAUCUUUGAGAGGAUUGAGGAAAUCUUAUGAUUUCUAAAACUCCAACUUUGUGGCAGCAUUUCCCCCCCCCCCCCCCCCCCCCCCCUUUUUUUUUGGUAUUAAGAAAUUUGUGAUUGUACAAGAAAACUGUUAUUUAAGGCCGAACAGGGUAGAGGCCCAAAGGAGUGGAAAGUUUCUGAUUUGCUACUUUUCCAUUUUUAUGGUAAAAGUAAAACAUUGAAAAUUCU